AGAGUGUGUUGAUAUUGGUCACAUAGAUGCACAUCAGCUGUACGAGCGAGAGGAAUACUGACCUAAUUAACUGCACAGGAAACAUAACAAACGACGAUUUAACACAACGCAGCGACCUGACGAAGAAACCUGCGCCCUUGUUUUCCAACUGUAAGUGUUAAUACUUUAUUCUGACCUGAAUUAAUGUCGUGACAGUUGCCGUUUAAACGCGCGGUGUCCCUGCACAGUGUGUGUAGUGAAAGCGAGUGCCAGCAGCUGUUAGCCUCAAGGUGCCUCAAACUGGGGUGAUCCUGGAUUAUACAGGUAACAAACUGCAUGAUUUCUGCAUGAAACCAGUCUGUUCUGAUCAUGGCAACGUCGUUUUAUGGAUGGUGAAAGCGAAACGAGGACGAGACUACAUCAUAGGUGUUUGACUGAUUUAACCUGCUCUCGUUUUAAUUUUGUUAUAGUGCUCAGGGACUAUACGCAGGCGGUAACUAUCGGCCUUUAUUAGAUUUAUUGAUAGCUUUAAACACCCUUCUUGACCAAACCUGCACUGGAGUUUGAAGCCUGGUAGGAUACACACUGCACAAGCCCACCAUUUUGAUGAAAUAUCUCAGUGAUAUUAACUAAUGCCCUCAUUUUAAUUCAUUCAUUCAUCCAUCAUGUACUUUAAUCAGUUAGAGAAUUACAUCUUUGCAUGAAUCAAUCAUAAACAAGGAGGGCUUAUCUAACAAUUAUAAUGUUUGAUUUCUCUUAUAAUAAUUUACUGGAAUAAUUAAUAAGAACAUAGUGGAAGAUUUAAAGUUAUGUCAGUGUAAUGCUUGACCAAGACCUUAAAUCCUAUAUUUGAUUAGACUUAUAUAUAUAUAUCUGUCAGUUGAUUGUACAUUGGGCCAUAUAGGGCUACCGAUAAUGUCAGUAUCAGCACAUACUGUAUGAAGUUAGCAGAUACAUAGGCCCACACGUCAUGGAAAACCUAUGGUGCAUUGCAGAAAGCAAUGCUUGAGUUGACUUGAAAUUAUAUAAUCUCAUUGUUCAUCCUGGAGACAGUUGUGCUCUGACUCCUUAUUUUAGUAUUCUCACAGCACAGAGCCACAGUCCACACAAACAGAUGUCAGUAAGGGAUUUUGACACAAAAGAGAUAUCAUUCCUCAUAAAGAAGCAUCCUUCUGACUUUAUUUGCAUUGAUAUCAGAGCAAAACUGGAACAUAAAAAAGUACUUUUCCAUUAAGAUUGAAUAUUUGUAUCAACAAACACAGGAGUUUUUGUCCCCUUAAUCUGAAAAUAAUGUUUUUUAUUCAGGAUCUUGAUGUCUAAUGGCACUUUCUGAUGCUGCGAUUGGGUUUUGCUUGGUGUCAGUGAUUGGCUAGUUUAGAUUUCAUAUUUGUCAAUAUCCGUCGAUCAAAUGUAAGCUAAUAUUUCAAAUGCAGCACAACAAAUGUCUAAACAGAAUAACCACAAUGAAAACCAUUGAUUACAUAAGGUAACAUCCAGGAGCGCUUAAAAAAAUACAACCUCCCAGAACAUGUCUCAACACAGAGCUGUAUUGGUGCUGCUGUUAUGCUUGUGUUUCAUGUGUUAAAUGUGGUUCUCAGAUUUGAGCAGCAGUUGCCAAAUAAGCGUAUCAGUUUCUGUUACAUUGAGAGAGGUUAAUAUCAAUGCGUUGUUGUUUAUUUUAAGGACUCUGUCGCCUUUAAAACCACCCUAACUUUCUUUCCAUGUUGCAGCCAGAAGACACUGUGCGUGGGACUUGGUGUCAUUAGAGAAAGCUCCACCAACCUGUCUGCCUGGAAGCCAAUACAGAGCUGACAAGUGGGCUAUUGACUGCAGCAAACUGUAUGAGAGAGGAAGAGGAGGAAGAAAACAAACGGGCGAGAGAGAGAGAGAAAGGAGAGAGAGAGAGGAAGAGGUUGUCCGAUUUGGGAUUUAAAAGGGCUUUUUGGUGACAGAGUUCAUUGUUUUGCAAAAGCAUCUCAAGGGAGAAGUAGCCAUUGAAAAGUCCAUAAUGGCCUCGCUGUCAUCAGCCCAGGUGACUGAGUGCACCUGAGAGUUAUUGCUGCUCCACACUUUUCCGACUCGCCUCCAGACUGUGGGAACUCGCUGCUCAGGAAAAAAGGCAAAACCUACAACGCUGCGACUCCAUCAAAGAGGAAUAAAGCAAACUGCAAUCCUCUAGCUGUUUGUCUGUGAAGCUUUUACCAGGAGAGUUUUUUUUUAUUUGGGUUUUUGAGCUCAUCUGGGACAGAGAUACAAGAGCAGGAGGACAAAUGACUGUUUGUGGAUUUGGUUCAUCCUGAGCUGCUGAUUAUAGCACAGGUGGAGAUUGCAGGGGCUCAAGCAUCCAUAUGGAGGAAGAUCCUGCAGGUUUGUGACGGCAGUUCUUACUCUCUGAGUAAACUUGUGUGUUAAAAUAUUUUGGUCUUCAGUCCGAAUUCACACCAUCCAAAGAGUUUUACUUUUUAGCCAUGGUUUCAGGUGAAUAUUUCUGUUUUUUUCCACCAUCUUCAUCUCUUUUAUUGCCACCCUCUACUCAAAAUGUAUCCUUUCUGUCAAACCAUAUGGAUUCAUAACAUCUGGCUGACGUUUACAGACUGUCUGCUCAGCACAUGCUUGCGAAAACCUCCUGAUUUAUGACCAUUCUGCCCCAUAGUAGCCUCAUGGUGAGAUGUAGAGGUCUGCUAUCGCUUUGAACACAGUGUCCCAGGACCAGUCCUGUUCACGCCCCCCAACCACUGUUUUUUUUCUUUUUAUCCUCCUUCUACUGUAAGAACUUGCAUAAGAAUUUAAGAGGGGGGGAAAAAGUGCAGUGUGGCUCUCGCACUCAGGCUAACUCCACGCGUUUCUUAUCAAAACACUCAGUCAGCGUUUGACUUUGCACCUCAAGGCAAUAGAUUCUUACAAGCAGACACAUUGAAAAGCUUUUCCCAUGAUGCAGUCAUGUGAGUACGAUUUUAGUAUCACACUCAAUUAGCAUAAAACAAGAAACUUCCUCAUGACACUUCCUGAAAGAAAAGAUAUGAAGCAUGGAGAAGUGGAGAGGGCUGUGACUGUGUCUGGAGCAUGAUUGAAAGAUAACAUAACUUUGUACCCAGGAAGGGGUUUUACUCAUGCUUGAUAGUGUUAGUCCAGAGGAAAUUAGCAUUAGUGUCACAAAGAAGUCAAUGGUGGGACUCAGUCUUGUGAUAAAACUGCUGUGAAGUGAGCAAUUCCUGAGAGCAAUGCAAGAAAAGGCGAGUAAUAGUUAGAGAAUGAGGAGGAAAUACCAAAUUCAAAGUGUGGUACGUUUCAUUUUCACAUCCAGUAUCACAUACAGGCUGUGUCAUGCAUCUCUUCAAGACUAGUCAUGAAUGAUGGAUGAGGAAAAAAGUUAAGGUCAUAUGUUUUGCAUAUUGUCUCAAGUUAUGCCUUUGUCUGCGACAGAAGGACAAGACGGACUAGAUACCUGUCAUAAAUAUGUUGACAUACUUGUUUGAAUUUCUUUGCUUUAUCCGACGCUACAAAGGAAGCGAGCUCACAGGAUUAUGAGUCAUUUCACUGUCAACAGGAUAUUGCCUGAAUAGUUGAAUAAUAAGAGAGGCUUGUUAGAUUUGUCCCUGUACACGCCAUCAGAGGAUGUGUUUGUCUUAGUGAUAGUUCUUAGACAGAAAGCUCGAAUUUUAAUGCAAGAGGAAGAUUGUGUUUUCACCGUCUUCAGAGCGUUACACGUUUUUAGUGAUCGUAGAACGAAUUUGUGCUGCUCUCCGUUUCUCUGCUCUCUCCAGCCGAAGCGUUUGAAUAUCAUUUGCAUAAACUUUUCUUAUCAAGUUUGACGUUUUCGAGGUUGUUUAAAUUCUGAUGAGUGCUCAGCAGAGAAGAGAAGGAGAAAUAUUCCGUUUUAAAAAAGUGUGAAUGUUGCUGAAACUGCUAAAACAAUAUUAUGUUUGCAUCUCUUGAACUACAUUUUCAGUAGACUCAUCAAUUGAACUGUUGUCUAGCCGUGUUUGACCGCACAUGUAUCCACCCUUGUCAUGAAUGAACUGCAUACUAAAUCUCUUUAUCCUUUUCUCUUUAACUUCACAGUUGACUGUUUGAGUAGCUGAGCCUGUGAAGGCCCCCGGGGCAGCCAUGUUGGAUCUGUUUCCUAGAGAGCUGGUGUUGACCUGUCUUCACCCGUCACUUCCCAGCACUUUGCUGCCAACCUAACUCCUCGCUCCCUCUUCUCUUCCCUCUUCUCUUUCAUCUUCCGCCCGGCCGGGAGAAAGGUAAACACGGACUGAGCAGUUUUUGAUGGUUAGGUGUGUUUUUAAUUACUUUUUCAGGAGGUGUUUUAGAUAACUGUCUGCAGAUUUAGCUGAAGAAAAUAAACAUUUGUCCAAAAGUAAAGUUCUGCACACGUAUCCAUUUUCCUGUUUUAUCUUAAAAAUACAUUUACCUGUGCAACCAUCAAUGUCAAUCUACGAUUUAACCCCCUUAUACCCCUGAAUAUUCCCAUUUCUAUACACUGUAUUUUUUAAAACAUCCGGUUGCAAAGUUCCUCGUGUGAUAGGAAAUAAAAACAAACAACUCAAACUCAAACACCAGUAAGUCAAACAAACACAGAAGUUACAAGCAACCAUAAAACUGGAAUCGAGGGUCACGUGAGGGCAUGUCUGAACAAAUGAGUUUAGAGUUUCUGAUGGAUCGAGGGAGUUGAUUCCAGAGGCAGGGGGAAAUCGACAGCAGACAAACAGAUCGCCUUUUGUUUCACAUUUCGAGCGGGGGAUGGAAAGACGGCUUAGGUUAGAUGAUCAGAAUGGAAGAGGAGUGGAAUAUGGGAAGAGGAGGUUAGAAAUAUGACAAUAUGUGACGCUUCUUAUGCUGUUAAUCUUAAAAUGACAGCAGAGUAUCACAGGAAGCAGGUGGAGAGACAGAAGAACAGGAAAGAUACGGGACUGAUGGUUCAAGGUUGUCUGGCAGCUCUAUUUUGGACUAGUUGAAAGCACUGUGAAGAUCCAUGAAUGAAAAAGCCAAGAAGUGGUUAGAGAAAGUCACAAUAAAUCAAUAGAAAGCACAUUUUCUGGUGGGUUUUACAAGGUGCUAGAUGUACUCUGAAAUGCAUCUUGCAGAGACCGUUUAUUCUGGUGCGCUAAGAUAAGUGAAUUAGCCACUGUCUCUGUUCAGAUAAUAACACAAGCAUGAAGGUUGUAUCCGUUUUUUAUCAAUCCAUCGUUUCUCCGCUCAUGAAUCGUAAAUUUUUGGCUUUUACCAACUGGCUGCUUGAUUUCACUGACAGAACAUCCUGCUCAAACUUGUCAUUUUCAGACAGCCAAGUAAUAAUCUAUGAGGAGUGCCUCUUUUUUUUUAAUUCGCUCGAUCAAUAUUUGAUUAACGGCGGCCAGCAAAACCAAAUCAUGGUUGUGUGACAAGUUACAGACAGUCCUCACUGAAUUUGAUGUCUGAGAGCGAUUGGCCCGUGAGGGGAGUAUUAUCUGCAGUCCAAAACAAAUUGGGCAAAACGCCUGGUACCAAAAGUAAGUCAGGCCAGUACGGGGGCAAAUGAGGGUCAUAAAGAUUUAGGGCUUGUUGAAUUUUGUGUGGACGUGUAAAAGGCUUUGCAGCAGUUUGAAAUAUUUUGUGAAUGUGCUGCAGGAAUAUUUUGUGCAAAUUCGACUGCAGUCUAAUGUUAUUUGCAGCUGUAGCUAUUAUGAGUGUGAAAUUUGUACCUCCUGCGUUUAAUCGACCAAAGGAAGCAGAAGUAGAGGAAACGGAAAAGUUGGUGCGGCUUUUUUCUAACCGGUAAACCAAAUGACCACAUCCCCCAAAGUAUCUGAUUAUUGCUUUUUGGGUUCUUUAUCUUGAGUUAUUGCAGCACAUUAACAGAAAUUUCGUUCCCUUUCUUCAGGUCUUUGGUCCCCGUGUAAAAUGUCCUAUGCACACCACAAGCUGCUUACCUGGAGCUUACCUCAAGUCCUCCUCCUUCCGCUGACCUACCUCUUCUUCCUGUUGGCCCCUCCCACAGGUAAAACAAACUUCCCUGAACUGCUAAAGUGUUAAAACCACCGUUGGUUCUCUGAGAACUGAUAAGGUAAUCCACAUGUGUGUCUGUUUAACAAUACCAGCAGUCAUCUGCACAGUAGACUCACACGCCUUUGGUUACUCAGGGUGGGUCUUCUUCAGCCUUCUCGGAAUCUUAUUAUGACACUCAGCCGGUUUUGGGUUUGGUAAUUGUUGUUUACUGUCCUUCUACUCCGAGGCACAGAGACAGAGGACUAAUGGCACCCCUACUGUGUGUGUGUGUGUGUAUAUGUGUGUGUGUGUGUGAGCGCCUUCUCUCUGAUGCCUCUCUGCUCAGUGGGUUACAGUCUGAAAAGAGACAAUAGGGGCUCUGUGUGUAGAUGUUAUGGGUGUGUAUGUGGGGGUUGUGGAUACAGGGACAGAGCGGACAAGGGGUGGGAUGGCCAAACAAGGGCCAGAGGGUGCUUUCUCAAACAAACUGUACAGCUUUUGUGUGUUUUUGCAUGUGGAGAGAUCUGCGUUUUCCCAGACUUGAGUCACAUUAAAAUCCCCGAAAUUCAACCUGAGCUCUCACGGAGCUGACGGAGGCUGAUUUUCUCCGCGGUUUUGUGGGUAUAUUUUUAGGAUUUAGGACAUUUUUUAUUUAUUUCUUACUUUGAAUCAGAUAUCGGCUCCGAUAUUGACAAAUUAAUUGGAUCGGAUAUCGGAUGAGUGAUGCCAAUCCAGCAUUUCGAUCCAGUCUUUUUUUUCUUUUAAUUAUUUUUUCUUUUAAUACAUGGAAGUCUCACUUCUUUUUGCUGUGUGGGAAUGUGGAAUUAGUUAUUUGUUAAUAAAUAAUAUUACUGUAUUUUUCGCACUACAAGGCGCACUUAAAAUCGUUUUGGCUUGUCGGAGCACUGCAGCUAACGAAGCCUUGCGGAGUUAUUGAAGGAGUUAAAUAAAGUUUGACUUAUCUAACGGUUUUGUUUGGCUUAAUGCGUUUUAUAAUCCGGUGCGCCUUAUGUAUGAAAGUAAACACAAAUAGACGCGUUCAUUGAUGGUGCGCCGUAUAAUCAGGUGCGCCUUAUAGUGCGAAAAAUACAGUAAGUAAAUUUAUAUCUUUGUUUAUUUGUUACCUUUUUUUUUUUGACAAGGCUAAUGUCAAGCUUGAUGCCUCACAGGGCAAGGUAUACAGUUGAUUCAUUCAACAGUAGUAUUAGAUUGGUAUUGGAUAUCGGCCGAUACGCUCAGCUCAGGUAUCUGUAUCAGAUUAGAUCAGAUUAUCGCAGAAAUUUUCAGAAAUAAAUUGCAGAGAAUAAGAUUCGGUUUCACUUUGAAAAUGUUCCGCCAUUUGAAAAGUUCCCCGACUUAUCCUGUAGAUGGUAGUUGAAAAAGCUUUUCUGGUCCGAGUUUGAUCAGUCGGUCUUCCUGUAGGCGUGAAGAGCACUAGCCUACAGUAUAUCUACAGUAUACAGUAGAUAUCUACAGUAUAUAUGUAUUUGAUAACUUCAUAAAAAAAAUUAAAAAAUCGGCCGAUUAAUCAGUAAUCUGAUUUAUUUCCCCCCUAAUAAUCGGGGGGACCACAUUCUGAAUCAUAAAGUGCUGUAGAGUUAUAGAGACAGGAAGUGUUUACUAGAGGAGUCGUUUAAAACGUGCCGGAGACAAACUAAACAAGAAACAAAAAUUAAUGAGGUUUGCUGAGACAAGGUCUUUGGUCCGUCACCCACACAGACUCCGUCAGCAGGGGUCUUUGAUUUUCAGCCCACUUCGUCCACUUCAGAGGUUAACGAACACAUCUUUUUUUUUCAAGAUGUAAACGACUUUAAUUCUCUCCCUAACAUAGAUAGGAUUGUCUGUAUCAGGAAGUAACCAGCGUCUAGAAAUGACAAAAGGUAUUUGUCAGCUUGCCCAAAACUUGACACCCCUAAAGACAGAUGUGGUCGACUGCAGUGAUGAGGAGGCUUUUUCUUCCUUAAUGAAACUUUACCCAGAAGGAUCACAUUACAGGAUCCUUGUGAUCCGCGAAAAUAUGCCUUGAUAGGUGUCCUGAAAUCCACUCAGCUGCCAACAUUUGGCCUCUUCUCUUGCAUAGCGUACUUUCUAAGAGGAGCUGCCAUCUUUUAUAUUAAUUAAUUUUGUUUUUGAAGCCUCGAUCGCUAACGCCAAGGAUAAUUUCUCCACUGACUGCCUUUAAACUUGGCAAGCGUGCAGACACCAGAGUCAUGAACUGCUCUGUUCAGAUGUACAGCUAUGAAUAUUCAGAUUAACUCAAACUAUUUCAAGUCUGCCUUUUUUCAGCAGCAGUAAUUGAACAGAAAUGUGUUGGCAGAGUGAACCCCAGACAUUUCAGUUCAACUUAAGUUCUGCACAUCCUCAUAUAAAAUUCCUGAUAUUGAGGUUGUUCUGGUGGGUGCUGCAGCCAUCCUCAGUGUCUUUUGCUCUUGACUCAGUCCAUGGCUCACAUACUGUAGCUUUAAUCUAUUUUAUGGGUUACAUUUUGAAAAGUGAAAGAUUAAAGUAAAAAUAGGUAAUCCCUUUCUUCUACUUCCUGUCUGUUCUCUUCCUUUCCUAUGUUCUCUCUCUCUCUCAGUUUUUUCUUCUCUCCUCUUUUCUCCAUUAAAGUGGGGGAGUAUGGGGAGGUAGCGUUUUGGGGUGUUCCGAUACAACUUUCUGAUACGAUAGUGAUAUUGUAGCCUUCAAUAUUGACCUAUACCGAUAUUGAUCCUAUAUUGGCGCAAAAUUGUGCAAGACAAGUUUUGCUUUCAGCUGCAACGUCUUUUUCAGACUUAAGGUCCUUACACACUGGGAACGACGCAAAUAUAUGACACGAAAUUACGAAAUAUUUCAGAGGUGAAUUUUGACACGCCUGACUAUACGCAUCAAGCGUGAUGCGAUUUUGCGACUGUAUGGAGGGAAAAAAGACGCGUCCCGGGUGGAAGUGAGAAGACUGACACAACAGCAGACUGACUGUUUUUCAGUUCAGAUUAGACACAUGUGUUGAGAUGUCUGUCUGUCAUGAUAGCAUGUACUGAGUCGGGGCCAGUACCAGAUAAGAACAUUAAACUAUAAUCCAUAAACGUAAGGUAACAACCGAGACCUAAUGGUGCUGUGACAGCAACGCGACUAAGUUUGAGACAGUGAAAAUACAUAUGGUAUGUUGUAUCUGAACAGGUUAGCUUAUGAGCUAAAGUUACUUAGCACAGAUGAAAGUUAAAACAAAGACGUUCUCGUAAACAAUCAGCCGGUCGGCCAUGUUGGAUAUACCGGUGAAUCUGACGUUGCAACAUCACGAGAUCUGAUUGGUCAGAAGUGGACACACAGUAUGCGAAACUUUAGAAAAAUUGACCGUGAUCCGAAAAAAUAAAUGCCGCAAUAUCGCAGGACGGGAAAACGUAGCUGAUGCAAACGCUUGCAUUGACAGGAUACGAGUUCGAAAAAAAAUGUUGACGUCCGAAAUAAUCGCACGAAAAAAACGCUCCCGGUGUGAAAGGAUCCUCACUCCUUGCUACUUUGUUAGUACCUUAGUACACACUGUUGUUGGGAUUUUGUGGGCUCAGCUUGCUUGUAUUGUAAUGCUAAUAUCGGAGAUUUUAGAUGCAGGCCGAUAUAAUCCGAUAUUUGUUUUUUUGCUGAUAUCGACAUUCCGAUAUCAAUAUAUUAUCGCUGUAGAGAGUACACCUAACCUGUCAGUGGUUUGCUCUCUCACAUGUACAGGCUUCAUGACCCUGCUUUUUCUGUCCUCCCUUUUACCUGACAGACUCCUCUUUGCCGUCUCAUGUUUCUCUCCUUUCUUCCCUCCAUUAAAGGGAGGUAGAGCGUACAGUCUAACCCGGUAAAGACGAACCCAAACAGCUGUCUCACUUUACUCUACUCCUCCUCUCUGCAGACUCCUCUCUUUGUUUCUUCUCUUUUCUAUUUCGGGCGGUGCGAGGGUGGUGGGUGCUGAGAGCCAGCGUGGAGUGGGAUAGUUGAGGCUGCAGAGGUAAAAGACUUCCUGCAGCAUGCUUCAGUUUUGAGGGACAUGUGGCACAUCAUGUAACUCACCAGUGGAGCAUAAAUAAUGGAGUAAAAGCCUAACCAAAUCACUAAAUCCUCAUCCUUUUCAGUCGAGGACUUGUUUCUCGUGUUUGUUUGAAAUUCUCACCAGAUCUGCAGUCUUCAUCUGUCACUGACUCAGCUGCUGCGUUUCGUCUCUCUUAAUCAGGACUAGUUUAGCUUCUGUUUAUGAGUGAAUGUUCAUUACUGAGCGGUGGAAUAAAACAGUCCAUUUCUUUUACAUUUAAAGUAUGGAGUCAUUUACUCACUGGGCUGGUUACACAAAUAACUUCUCAUCAGGAAUAAUGCGCGCGUUGAAUGGAGCCCAUUUGAAACCGAGAACAGCUCGUAUAAGAAUAAAUUUACCACCCAGGGCGGUGCGUCUUGUUAACUGCACCGGCUCACUGCUCUGCUGAUAUAAGUCUGAUAAGGUCUGGCUCAGAGGAUGAGUUUUUGUCUGCGCUGCAUACUGUGCUUUGGGUUUUAAUCAGCGUCUUGUUUUGUCAGGGAAAAGCCUCACUUCCUCUCUCUGCUGCUGACUUGGCUGACUGCUGUGACUGUGGCUGCAUGUCGGCUUUUGCUGAAAAACGAACCGGUGAAAAGUCUCUCGGGUUGUGACCAGAAUUAGCAGCUUGUUUCUCUUCGCCCCCAACAACAUCAUGACUGAUUAAAAAGAAAGUAAACGAUGACUUUUAAACAUGAUUCAUUUCUUAUUUAGACAAAUUGCAUCAAUUCUGUCUCCACCCAGGUGUGUCAGCAAACCUCUGCCGUGUGACCGGCGGGGUGCUGGGGAUCCACUGGAGCAGCGCCAUCACCCUGGGUUGGUACCCGCUUUCCACGGGGAAAGCAGGGGCAACAUGUUGGGAGACCUGCUGCUUGGAGCCGAGCUGCAGCGCCGUGUGGAGCCUCGGAGGGCGAUGUGUGCUUCUCCGCUGCAUACUGGACAGGGGCUGCCCCAUUUCCUCUUUGCCUCAGCCUCACCACGACUCCCUCGGGCUCCUCCAGCUGCUUUCCAAGGUAUAAAUAAAACCUGAGAGAACAUCCUGACUCAUCAUCUUCAGAAAGACCACUGCACCUUUUUAUUUGGGAUAUACAGCAUUUUGGCCGAUGUGAACGUGUAAGAAAAUAGGGCUGGGCUAUAAACUGAAAAUUUACCGAUACGGAAAUUUAUGAUCAUAACCAACGUCAUUUUGCCCAUAUCGGUAAAUUCGGUGUGAAAAAAAUAAUAAAUAGAAGUUGGUUUUGGAUGUGUGUAGAUAGGCUAUGGUCUCAUAUCCCUUUUAAGACACUGUCCUACAUCAGAGACGUGACUCCACCCCAUCCAGUCUGUAACGAAGAGGGAAAGACAGGUGAGGAGAUGGAGGACAGUUCAAAAGAUGUAGCGGCUGAAGUAGACGAAGUUAAUGUGGGAGGGAAUGAGCAGCUUGUUGAGUAGUUAUCGUCUAUUUAUCGUUAUCGAGGGGAACUGCGCGAUAUAUCAUGAUAUUGAUUUGAGGCCAUAUCGUCCAGCCCUAUAAGAAAAUCUGUUUGAUUUGGUCGACAAAGGGAGGGAGAUGUUUUUGGACUGAUCCACAGAGCUGCUGGUCAUAAAAAAAGGCCCUAAACUUCGCUGAAAUACAAACACAUGUUGUCGUUUAUGAUCCAUUCUUCUUAUCGUCUUUGUUUGCUGUAUCUUAACUUUAAGGGUCCCGUUAUCACACGACGCAGAAGAGCUCUCCAGGCACAGACUGCAGGAAGCAAAGGACCGCACACGGACCAACCCAUCCACACGGUAACAACCAGGGAAAAUGAAGUUAUCUGUGCAGUUCUUUAGUGGAGUUUCUGCUGAAGUCUUUUUUCACAUAAAAUCACCCCCUGAGAUGACAAAAAGUGCAUUAAAGGAGUCAAAACUCAUGUAGUUUUUACAGAACGGACAACAUUAGGUUGAGUAGGAUGAGUCUCUCAUUCUUUCUCUGAGCCUGUGUCUGUGCUACUAGCAUUUAUAUGUAAAUAAAACAGGUUUGUUUUAUGGAAAUGAAACCAUCAGACCCUACCUCCAAAAGUCCCUGGGCCAGUAAAAGGUACUACCCCCUGAGCAGGGUCUUCUCGAAGCAUAGAACUAAAUUUAGACCUGAGUUCCUGAGGUCACAAAGCAAAUUCUCUAUACUGUUUUUCUUUGUGUACCAACAUGACUGAAAGUUGAAUAUCCUCUUUUCUGUUUCCAUUUCUUUCUAAAUUUAUUUAUCUAUUCUCCCUCCUCUUGUUUUCCCGAUCAUACCAUUUACAUCAGGGCAGUUUUUGGAGUUUACAAAUGAAGUUCGUCAAAAGACAGAUCUGAAACCAGCUUCAAAGUCAGCCUCAAAUCUGCUCCUUCCUUGUUUCACUUUCCAAAUCUUUAUAAAUCGCCAAUUCUUUAACCCUCUUUGCAGGAAAGCCCCAAACCUGAAACCCCCCACACGUCUCCAUCAGCACCCACCACCCUCGCGCUCCACCAAACAGCCCAGAAGAACCACAGCAGGUCGGCCAAUGGAAGCGCAGACUCGGCCGCCUCGGCUCCAUCACAGCAGGACUCGACGGCGGACCACGCCGCUAAGACUGCUGCGUCUUCCAACAGCAGUGACGUCGGCACACCCACCGCCACUCCAGCCGCCAUCACCACAACUCCGACACAGGCUGGUGAGGAUGGCGUCUCACGCUCAUACGGAGAUCAUCUAUUUCUGGCUCGUACAGUAAUAUGCGGUCAUUUAUUAAUCAUGAACUAAUCCAUAAUGGAGCAGGAUUUUGGUUUUCAGCCCCGCGGGGAGAUUUUACUCGUCCUCUCUCUUCGCUCGAGCUGCCUGAAAUACAUUUUUGCCCCUUUAGGUCCAAAUCCGAGUCAGUACCCGGGUUUCUUGCCAGGGAGGUUAACUGUUUGGUGUUUGUUAAGAGCUUUUUAAUUUGCUCAGCAUGUCCUAAAAUCUCACAGAAGAUCCUUUACUGUCUCAUCUUUACUUCUGCUUCAGUUUAUCCCUGACGAAAUUAAAAUGCCCCCAAAUUUGAUGGCAGGCUGCUCCAGUGUUAUUUUUCCAGAUGGAAGCACCAUGUGCCGUGGGUGUGAAGUCAAAUGAGUCUAAUUGUAAUCUGCAGGAAUGUGCUGACUGAGACGUACAGGACUUCUGCAAACAGGACUAGCCUGUACGGUCACUUUUCCUCCCUCCAGGACAUCACUAAACAAUGCGUGUCUCUAUUUAGAUCAAAUCUUUUUUUAGCUGUUUAGACUAACAACAGAUUUACAGGAGUAAACAGUAACAAGCUGAGCCGGUAGUAAAGGUAAAACAGGCUGUAAGUGUAUGAAGGUCAGCUGCAUUUUCUGAGCGGCCCAGACGUGCAGAAACAAGACGCAGUCAUUCUGACAGAGAACGGCUGACAAGUCCUCGGACACGUUACGCAAUCCGAGGUGUGAUUUAAAGCGAAACCCAUUUUACACCUAGCGAGAAUUCAAACUGUGAAAGAACAGUUGCGCAACAUCUUGUGGUUUUGAGGUGGGAUGCAGCUGAGUCUGAGAAAAUAACCCUGGCGAUUAAUUAAUCCCAGAAAAGGUUUGGGGACGCAGUAAAUAAAGAGCCGGGGGAGUGGGAGUCUGUCAUGAAUAGAAGCAGUAGGAUCUGGGAUGACUUUAGAGCUUGGCCCAUACAAAGGAUGAUAUAUUUGAUCUAUUCCAACAUGUUUCAUCGGCUUAUUAGCAGGGAGAUGUAAUACAGUGAUGUGAAAAUGAAGCUUUGCUGAAAUGAGAAAAGCCUCGCUGCACGGAGAGCUUCAAUUAAGAUUAAGAAAAUCCAUCUGGCAUGAAUGAUUUCUUCAUAUCGACAGAUUUCUUCUCUCACAAACUAAUCAAGAGAAACACAAGAACCAUAUGGUGCCACACCUGUUUAGAUGCGUACCUGCAUUAGUCACAGAAACAAUAUAAAAACUGUGUGUUUGUGUUUAAUAGAAGUUAGGCAGAUUUCUUUUUUAAUUCUGUUUUUAUUGUGAUUUUCAUGGUUCACGUGUUCAUUCACAUAUCAAUUCAACAAUCUCAUCCAUUCAUCUGUACAUUACAACUGAACUGCACCGUAAUACAUCCACAAUUCCACUUUGUUUGGGUUGAAUCUCUGCUCCUGUCAUGUUUGGGUUACAGUGAAGGAGCUGGUGGUGUCUGCAGGAGAGAGUGUGGAGGUCACGCUGCCCCGCAACACAGUCGAACUCAACGCCUUUGUUGUCCCGCCGCCCCCUCAAGGUAGAAUUACAAUAAAACAGAAACCAGCCAAACAGGAAUGAUCGGAUAGAUCUUGACUAAAUUCAUGAUCAGAUUUGAUAAAUGUGCUUGAUUGAAUGUUGCUGCUUUUCUUUUACAGGGACGAACUAUGCAUUUGACUGGCGUCUGAAAACUCAUCCCAAAGAUUACAGCGGGGAGAUGGAGGGGAAGCACAGCAAAACACUUAAACUAAGCCAGGUAUGAAUCAGAGCUAUCACAAUUACUCUGUGCCAGGCAUGAAGACAUGCAGCUGAAGAGCCAAAUAGUUUCACACAAAAGAUCACUUCCUCAUUCUGCACACCUGAUUUGCUCUCUCUCUGUGUUUCCGUCAGCUGACUGUGGGUCUGUAUGAGUUUGAGGUGACUGUGGACGGGGACGGUGCUCAUGGAGAAGGUUACGUCAACGUCACAGUCAAACCAGGUGAGGUCAAACAUUCAGCAGAGGAGAAAUUUUCAUUCGAAUUCAGGGGAGUGCAUCAUUUAUUUGCCUAAAGUUUGAGUUUAAAAGCCUCUGAAAAAGCUGCAAUAAAAGAAACAUAAAAACAUCCUCUUAAAUAUCUUCCAUGGUUUAAAACGAUCAAUCAAAUUUUAUUUAUACAGCGCCAAAUCACAACAGUAAGUAAUAAGAGCAGGUCUAGACCACACCCAUUGUUUGAUGAAUUACCAAGACCCAACUUUAAGAUUGGACAGAUUUAACCCAUCUCAUCUAACAUUGACAGUGGUGAGGAAAAACUUCCUUUUAACAGGCAGAAACCUUGGGGAGGACCAGACUCAUGUUACACAGCCACCUCGCCGCUGCUGAAUCGCGGAGAAAUACAGAGAGAUAGGGAGGGGGAGAGAGAGAGAGGAGUAAGAGGGGGGGCAGAAGGAGAGAAAGAGAAGAAGGGAAUCUAUCAAAACAGAUGUUUAAGACAGAUGUCACAAAGUGCCUGGUAAUAAUAAUCUGCCAUGAUACAGGAAUAGAAACAUGGACGCUAAAAUGAAGAGACAAAAGGGAGAAACCAUGAAAUAAAAAACAAUCAAAUGAAGUAUGAGGAAGAAAGUGUAGACAUGAGCAUGUCCUCAGAGGCAAGAAGGAGGAGAAUGAGGAGCAUGUUUCUAAAGUGAAUUUUGAGGAUUCAUCUGAGAGUCAGGAGGGCUGAUUAUUCUCUCACAGAAGGACCCUUUAGAUAUCUGUCUAUGUGUGUUUCUGUGUGAAAAUCAAAGAAUCCCAGGUCAAAAAGGCUCUGUUGAUGUUUUUUUUGUCCUCAUUUAUAUUUAAACCACUAUUUUACAUCAGUGCUAAUAUACCAAGACCGUUUUAUGGUGUUGAGCUUUGUUAUUUCUAUGCAUUUUGUGAGGUAAGAAACCCAGGCCUUCACUGAAAUUUCCCUAAAACUCUAUGUAAUGGCCUCUACCCCUGCAUGUUGUUAAAGGGGGUCAUUGCACCUAAAACAUAUUUUCCCUAAACUUUGAAGGUAAAAGCUUAGAUCUAUUAGGUAUAAAUAGAAAAAGCAUUAUAAUAUGUUAGGAUUAUAGCUUAUGACAAAUAUGUGGUUAUAAUGGGAGUCAAUGGGACAAAUUUGGUCACGAGGGUAACAAGUGUCUGUUUGAUGCAAAUCUCCCAUUCUAAACACUUCUAAUAGACAGGCUUUUGGAAUUAAGAAAAUAAAAAUGAAAAAAAAAAUAGUGCCAAAAUUUCAUACAGCUUGCCUUUAAACUGACUGGGUUACUGAUAGAAGAACAAAAAAACACACCCAGGCAGGAACCCAGACAGCAAACUCUCAGUCUACUUUGGUUUUUAAGUGAAGUUUCCUGAGACUGCAUUUAAAAGUCAUGAGUUAAAACCUUAAAACCAGGAGUUUAAGUCUGCCUCAGUUCAAAGAUGUUGUCACAUACUUACUUACUUACUCAUACUCCAUCAAGUUAUGGUGACAUUUGUGAUAUUGCAACCACUGUAGCAACAGUUCCUGAAGCAACUGCGACAUGAGCUUACUUUUCUUUAUCUUACUCCCAUGACUUGAGGGUUUUAGUGUCUCAAUGAACUUUUGUGCAUCUUUGAGCUGAUGUGCAGUACAAGGCCAAAGCUACAGACAUGUGUUUAAUACGGUGUGAUGUUAUUGAUUUUUUUAAGCCAGUAAGUACAGGCCUUGAAAAUCUGAUGGCAUACAGCAAACUGUGAGAAAUAUGAAGUUGAAUUAGAGACUUUUGUCAUGAGGAACAAUCUCCAGACUCAAAAUCAUCAAGUCCUGACAGUGUGCAUCAGGUUUUAUAUACUGUAUGUAUGUAAGGUUUUGUACUGACCAACUACACUGCCACAGUAGAGUGAAUAAUAUGAAUUUACCAGGAUUGAGUCCACAGUUUGUCUCACUUUGACAGAAUAAACUCUGCAGAUCUUAUUGCUGGAAGACACGGCUGCUUUCCUCCCACACACGGUCUUCUUUGUGACUUUUGCCGAGGAGGAAGCUGCUGACUCGAGCAAACUGUGCCUGAACCCUCGGCUCGUUUACAGCUCAGCAAGCGAGUUAAUUUCUUGUUUUCCACCUGACAGAGCCUCGGGUAAACAAGCCUCCUGUUGCCGUGGUUUCCCCGAAGUUCCAGGAGAUCUCCCUGCCAACCAGCUCGACGGUGAUAGACGGCAGCCGUGAGUCUCCACAUAACAAACAUACAAGAUGUGCAAACAUACGUGACUCACGGGUUUAAGAGAAAGGCCUCGCAGAUAAAUGUGUCAUCGUUCACUGUGACCUUCUGCUUCACUUCCUACAGAGAGCACGGAUGAUGACAAGGUGGUGGCGUGGCACUGGGAGGAGGUGAAAGGUCCCCUGAGGGAGGAAAAGGUCUCUGCAGACACCCCUGUGCUGACACUCACCAGCCUGGUGCCUGGGAACUACACUUUCAGGUACAGGUGGACCGCAGACUUCCUGUUCAAAUCGUUUGAGUGGCCAAGUUUCUAGACAAGCAAAAACUGGCAAUGAUGUACUAAAAAAGGACAUUAAAGGGAUAUUCCGGAGUAAAAUUAAAUUAGGGUCAAACACACCGUAACACCGAGUUAGACACCCCCUCGAGAGAUGAAUGUUGCCGACCGCUUGCUUCUCUAGUUAUACCAACUUUAGUAAUGACCGCAGGAUAGAAAUACACAGCAGUCUGAGUAGUCACAAACAAACCUCAACCGAAACGCCACUCUAUAGCCACAAAUAAUGCUCAGAACAGCACCUAACUUCAUCAACAGGACAUAUAGGAUCCCAGCCAUAGUACUAGCCACCAAACAUCUUUUUAACUUUGCCUAAUUUCUUUAGCAAAGACACUAAACACAACUCACCUACUCUCUUCCAGCAGCCGCUUGUUUGUAGCGAGACCUCAGGCCAAUCCAUUACAGACUACUGCGGGGUGACGCAGCUCAAUGAAGAACAUUAAUGAUAAAUAUCCCUUAAAGUACUUAAGAGAAACACAACAAACCCAUUUAGAAGUACAAGGUUGAGAAGGAAGAGGAGGAGUUGUGUGUUAGUAAAACAGAGGGACAGGGUGAGCAUGAAGAGAGAGGCUGUUGCAAAACGACUAUAAGAAGCUAUUAAUGACCAGGCAUUAGAGAAGCAAGUGGUCGGCAACCCGAAAUUAAUUUUACGCCGGAAUAUCCCUUUAAUGAAAUAUUUUUUAUCAAACUUCUUAGAGGAACUUUUAAAGCACCAUUUUGACCUUGUGAAAGGUGCAGCUCUUAACCGUCAAAAAUAUCAUUUAAACUUCUGAUCUUGUGGACUGUGUUUUUAUGGAGGUCGGAGAUAAACUGUAUAAAUUUCUGCCUGACAGACAGUCUGUGUUUGUUCAUAGUGAAUGUCCUCUCUCAGUUUGACAGUGACAGACUCAGAUGGAGCCAAAAGCUCAACACAGGCCACCCUCUCAGUCAACAAAGCCAAGGACUACCGGCCUGUAGCCAACGCCGGCCCGAACCAGGUUUUCUUUCUCUGUUUCUCUAUAGAAAAUACAUUUUCUCCCCAAACUAGUUCAAACCUGAAAACAAAAAUCUGAUCUUUCCUCUUCGCUUCAUUCAGGUCAUCCAGCUGCCACGCAACUCCAUCUCUCUGUACGGCAACCAAAGCACCGACGACCACGAUUCGCUGUCGUAUGAGUGGUCCCUGAGCCCUGAGAGCAAAGACAAGGUGGUGGAGAUGCAGGUGAGACACUCGUGCUUACUCUAAAUCUGCAUGUUUCAAUUUAAAUGCAUAUUUCGCCUGACUCACAUCUGAGUCUCUCUGUGCCGUUCAGGGCGUCAGGACACCAAUCUUGCAGCUGUCGGCUAUGCAGGAGGGAGACUACACCUUCCAGCUGACUGUGACGGACUCCUCUGGACAGCAGGACACCGCCCAGGUCACCGUCAUUGUGCAACCAGGUAUACGCCCUAAGAGGAAAAGAGUUUGUUUGUGCCGGUUUUGCACAUUUCUGAAAUUUUUGGAGGACUAUUUGUCGUUGUCAGCUGCUGGAGGCAUAAAUUACAGCAAUCACUCUGUCUUCAUGAUUUAAUAACCAACUCAUUUUCUUUUUGAAGUCUGUUUAUUCAGCUGUGUGCACUUCCUGUUUGCCUUUAAUAACUCCAUCAGUCUGGAUACAUGAAGUUUUUAGAACUCAUGAGAAACUUUUAAAUAGUUUAUCUCUGUUUAAAUUUGACCACUUCAGCGUUUUUGAAGCUGAUAUUGAAGUUGUAUUUGCUUUAACAUAACCUGAGUCACACCGUUAUGACCCAGUGAAUGGAGGUGAAUGCAGGUGCACGUGUGCAUUCCACCUGAUAAGCUUCUUGUGUGCACUGCAGACGUGCAAACACACACACACUGGUAUGAUGAUCUAAGAGUGAUUAAACAGGACCUGUCAUUUGAACACACACACACACACACACACACACACACACACACACACACACUCACACACACACACGCACACACACCAGGCUGCGAGGUCAGAGAAUGUCAAGUGUUUGAGUCAUAACUUCUAAAGGAAGUGCCAAAGUGAGAAUAAAUGGAGGCUGGACUUAAAGACAGUUAAGAAAAGGACGGAUGUCAGGAGAUGAUUCAUUUUGACCUUUAUGGUGUGUCGUCGGUGGAACAAUCAGCCUGUUUAUUAUCCAAGUAUUUUCUAUGAUGAAGUUAGUUUUAAUCCACUUUUACAGUUGUUUUGGGAUGGAAUUGUUCCCAAAAAUGAUCUGAUUUAAAUAAAAACAAAUUAGCACAAGCAGAGUGUCAUAUGCAAAAUUUCUGCAUGUAAAAAAUGCACACUACAAAAGCUAUGAAAAGCAUUUCUGCAAACCACCAGAUAGAACCUUUCCACAUCUAUUACUUUACAUCAUUGCACAUGAAGAUUUGCACUUUUUUUUUUUUCAGACAUGAACAUUUUCCACAUCUUUGGUGCCAAAUAAAUAUUUUCUAGGGUUCAUUUACUCUUGAUAAUAUUGUCCAUCCAUUACUGCACAUACAUUUUUUUUAAAUUUUCAUUGCAGAAAAAAAUGAUCAUCUGUUCUGACACAUGAUAAAUUCAUCCAUAUACACCGAAUACACCGAUAUGGGCAAAAUGACGUUGGUUAUUGUCAUAAAUUUCGGUAUCAGUAAAUUUUCGGUUUAUCGCCCAGCCCUACCGAUAUAGCUUCUUUUUUUUGACACAUUAAUUUACCAAACUAAUUAUUACUGUAAUUUCUUUUCUUAUGAGAGAAACGCCACAUGAGGUUUUUAUCUAUCUAUGUUUGAGUUUAUCUAACAGUAGAGAUGUUUUUACAUUUUCCUCAUCCUGGUUGUCUCCCACACUCUUUGUCCUCUAGAAAACAAUAAGCCGCCAACAGCAGAUGCAGGACCAGAGAAAGAGCUGACUCUGCCCGUAGAUCGGACCACGCUGGACGGCAGCAAGAGCAGCGACGACCAGAAGAUUGCCACCUACCACUGGAAACAAACCAAGUCAGUUGUAUUCAAGUUUGUAGAGUCUUUUUAUCAACACAAAUGUUGAAAAGUGGUUAAAAGUUUCAUUUCUUAUACAGUAAAAUAGUUAUUUAAAAGAAAUCUCUCACACAGUCUUAGAUAUUAUGAUUCGUUCUUCCCCUCUAUGGUAUCUUCUCUUUCAUACUCAAGUGUUUGUGUUUCUGUUUCUGACCGUCUGUUCCUCCACCAGGGGUCCAGACGGUGUGAAGAUUGAGAAUGCAGACAGCGCUGUUGCCACGGUUACAGGUCUCGAGGUUGGCUCGUACGAGUUCACCCUGACCGUAACGGAUGAGAGAAAGCUGCAGAGUAGCGACACUGUCACGGUCAUUGUCAGAGAAGGUGAGAGAAGUGUGUGUGCGUCUGUGUGUAAUUGUGUAAUUGUGUGAUUGUGCGUGCAGACUGAUCCUACUCUGGUCAUCAGAAAGAGCUGACGUGGAUUAAAUCCCGGCAGGUGAGGAUUAUGGAUGAUUUUUAACUAAAUUUAGACUCAAGGAAGCGUGAACAGUUUCUCCAGCAGGAGUCACACUUAAUGAAGCGUUUUGUUUCGGUAUGUUGACUUUGCAUGCAUACUUUAUAAGCCAGAUUUUUUUUUCUGUAUGUGCAGUGAAAGCAGGUUUAUUUAAGCAGACUGAAGCAACAAAGCAAUCCAAAGUGUUGAGGACACCCGAAGCAUGAUAAAUCUUUCACAGCUAAGAAGGAAAAAUCCAGUUUCUCAUGAUCAGAGUCCUCUCAAAAUACGUCUGUUUCCCCAUCAGAACUGGACCAGCCUCCUGUGGCUCACGUUGUGUCGAGUCCAGCCAUCGCUCUGCCUGUCAGGACCGCAUCUCUGGAUGGAUCUCACUCCACUGACGACAAAGGUGGAGUCAGCUACCUGUGGACCAGAGAUGACAACAGUCCUGCCGCUGGGGUGAGACCGGCUCUUCUGAUGAAGCCUGACUGAUGGUUUUAGACGCUAGAGCUGCUAAUGAUCAGAUGUCUGUGCUGAUAGAAUAAAACCCAACCUUAUCAAAAGAUUGAUAACUGCGUUUUUGUGUCAACAGGAUGUACUGAACAACUCCGACCACCAGGCGGUGCUGUUCCUGGGUAACCUGGUGGAGGGGAAGUACAGCUUCACCCUGACUGUGACUGACAGUAAAGGACAGACCAGCACGGACAGUGGCACAGUGGAGGUCAAACCAGGUAGAGUGGACAGACCUGCAAACACAUACAGGGACUCAACCUUCUUGUGCAAUUAUUAUAAAAAUUUGGCUUCUUUAAAGGGAUAUUCCGGCGUAAAAUUAAGUUAGGGUCAAACAUACGGUUAGACAGAGUUAGACAGCCCAUCGAGAGGUGAACAUUGCUGACUGCGUGCUUCUCUAGUUAUACCAACUUUAGUAACCACUGCAGAUAUCAAUACAGAGAGCCACGCGCUCAAACAAAACGCCACUCUAUAGCCACAAAUAAUGCUCAGAACAGCACCUAACUUCAUCAACAGUACAUAUAGGGUCCCAGCCAUAGUACUAGCCACCAAACAUCUUUUUAACUUUGUCUGAUUUCUUCAGCAAAGAGACUAAACACAACUUGCCGACUCUCUUCCAGCAGCCUCUUGUUUGAGACCUCAGGCCAGUCCAUUAUGGACUGCUGCGGGGUGACGCAGCUCAAGGAAGAACAUUUACGAUCAUGUCUUUAUGGAAAUGCAAUCAGACCGAGACGCUAAGGCAGAAGAACUGUUGCGUCUGCAGUGCAAAAUGAUUAUUAUGAUGAUUAUUAUUUCAAGGAAAUUAUAAAGAAAUGAUCAUAAAUGUUCUUCUUUGAGCUGUGUAACCCCGCUGUAGUCCAUAAUGGACUGGCCUGAGGUCACGCUACAAACAAGCUGCUGCUGGAAGAGAGUAGGUGAGUUGUGUUUAGUCUCUUUGCUGAAGAAAUUAGACAAAGUUAAAAAGAUGUUUGGUUGCUAGUACUAUGGCUGGGACCCUAUAUGUCCUGUUGAUGAAGUUAGGUGCUCUUCUGAGCAUUAUUUGUGGCUAUAGAGUGGCGUUUUGGUCGAGCAUGUGGCUCCUGAGACCCCUGUGUAUUGCUAUCGUGCGGACGUUACUAAAGUUGGUUUAACUAGAGAAACGAGAGGUCGGCAACAUUCACCUCUCGAGGGGGUGUCUAACUCAGUGUUACGGUGUGUUUGACCUUAAAUUAAUUUUACGCUGGAAUAUCCCUUUAAUACAAGCAAACAUACAAACCAAACAAAUGAGUUUUUAGCCAGCAGGAAAGAAAGAGUUAACAGCAGCAGGUCAGUUUGCAGUAUAAGGUGAACAGACACGACCCCAGCUAGAAACUAAUCCUUCACUCGCUGCUCUGGCUUCUUUCCCAGACUGUAGAGAGUCAAAUGGAUUCAACAAUCGGUCUCUCUCUCCGCUCUACACUCCUGCUCUUUUCUCACCCCUCUCUCUCUCUCUCUCUCUCUCUCUCUCUGUUUUUUAGACAUAUGGGAGCAUGACCUGGUGGAGUUGGUCUUAGAAGUCCCAGUAGCCCAGGUCUCCCACCGUCAGCGUGACAUGCUGCUGCGGCAGGUCGGGGUCUUACUCGGCGUGUUAGACAGUGACAUCAUUGUGAGGGAGAUCAGUGCGUAUAAUGAGCUCAGGUGAGUGAAACAUUUAGAUUUUCUUCUAAAGACCUUUUUUGUCAUCACCUCAAUUUGACUUCUCGAACACUAUUUUUGACUUCUUUCUCUCUCCUCAGUGCUCGUUUGGUCUUCCUGGUGUCAGGAGGUCCAGGGCGCCCCCCUCUGUCCGGUCGCAGCGUUGCACUCGGGCUGAGAAACAAACUGCGCAAACAGAAGAAUGAUUUUCUUAUCUACAAAGCCCGACGGGUGGAUACAGUCAGUGAGUAUCAGAUUAAUACUGUUUGCGAGAGACACACGGCAGCAGAAAAGAAGCGAAAAGACAGAAAAUGUCGUUUUGAAAUAGGAUUAGAUGCUCCAAGAGUGGGAAUAAAUUCAAGGCUGGAUUACAAGAGCUGCAUAUGUUCCGGGUUUGUCUAUCAGCUGCCACCCACCUUGUUGAUGGAUAUCAGCCAACCUAUGAAUAAAUCUGGCAGUCAGUUUGUAGCCAGCAGUCAAUUCAGAGCUGCUCUCACCUCUUAACCUGGAGUCCCAAGGAUAAGACUCAGGUAAUCUCAGGAGUCAAAGGUCAAAUGUCUGAGAUUAUUGAGCUGUUUUUACAGGUUCUCUCUGACCUCUCUCUCUCUCUAUUUCCGAAACCGAUGCUUAUAUUACAGACUGAUGCCGUAUCACUUCUUCUUUGUGUGUGUUGUUGCUUCUUGGUUUCCUCAGUCUGCUCUCUUUAAGAUAUUUCACAGCUCUGAUAUUUAACCUGCUACUUCCUGUCUCCUCACCAGUCUGCCAGCUAAACUGCUCCAGUCAUGGCGAGUGCGACUCCUUCACCCGACGCUGCGUCUGCCACCCGUUCUGGAUGGAGAACUUCAUCAGAGCGCAGCUCGGAGACGCAGAGAGCAACUGCGGUGAGACGAGAAGAAUCUCUGUUUCCUCUUUAGUGGAUCUCAUGAUUAUACCAUGUUACAACCCAGCUCGGGAAGGGAAAGGACGUAACAAAAACCCUGGUUUUGUUGUAAAAGUGGUUGUUUAAUCGCCUAAAUAAAUAAGGAAGUGCUGUUCCAACAAAGUUUGAGGCGAAGAAAAAACAGGGAUAUGGGAUACCGCUCAAAGAAACAAACAAGUGCAACAAAAGGUGACUCUAAACUAGAGGGAAGAAACCAAAGUCACUUAAUUAAACUAACUCAACUUUUAAACGGUCGAAUGGUGAGCAGCACCCUAAUCCUCUAUAAGACAAUAAAAAAAGAAAUAUACAAUGUCGCCUCCACAGCAGUUCACACACACACAGAUCUUCCUAACAAAGUGUCGAAAUGGUUGAACGCGAGUGUCUGCGAGCACUCCAAUCGGCAGCCUCUUCAACGGUCCACUCCCCUCCAAUUGGUCCUGCCGCCCUGAGAGAAGGGAUGCGGCUGCAGCCGUAACAUACCAACUUAAGAAGUUCUGUUUCACAGUAAUAACCUCCUUUGUGUGUCUCAUUUUUGUUUUUUACAGAAUGGAGCGUACUCUAUGUGACGAUAGCAUCAUUUAUGAUAGUGGUCGCUAUAGCAACAGUUGUCUGGGGGAUGGUGUGUUGCUGCAACAGGUGGGUAAAAUUUGCAAAAUAGCAAAAAUUGUUCUAAUUUUUCCUUUUACUGUGUUUUUUGCACUAUAAGGCGCACCUGAUUAUAAGGCGCACCAUCAAUGAAUGCGUUUAUUCGCAUCUAUUUUCAUACAUGAGGCGCACCGGAUUAUAAAGCACAUUAAGACAAACAAAAGAGUCAGAUAAGUCAAACUUUUUUACACUCAUCCGACAAGCCAUCAGACUGUGCGGCUUUGUCAAAAUGUUUUAUUACGACUUUGGUAAGCUACAGAUUUUUGAGCGCUGUGUACCACAUAAAAUCAGUUCGAGGUCAGUUAGCGCAACCAGAAUUCAUACAUAAGGUGCACUGAGGAUUUUUGAGAAAAUUAAAGGAUUUUAAGUGCGCCUUAUAAUGAAAAAUACGGUAAGCGAAGUGAAAAUUUAAGUGAAAGUUUAUCAGUCCUAACUGUUCUUUCUCUGACAAUCAUUAGUGUCAUUUACAUUUUUCACAUACUCUCUGAACUCCCUGUGGGCUUAUUGAUAUAAAUCUUGUUUGUCUUCUUUUUUCCCCUUCAGGCGUAAAAGCAAAGUGCGCAGAAGUAAAAGCAGGUAUAAAAUCCUAGAAGCUGAUGAGCAAGACAGUCUGGAGCUGCAACCACCUCGACCUGGUGAGAGACACACGAUCGAUUGACUGAAAUUGACUCCUCAUGGCUAAAAUUUUAACAUUUUUUUAACAAUAGGAGGUACCUGUUUGAGUUAAGCUGUUAAAAUGUCACAUUAAUUACAAAUGAAACUAAUCAAAAUCAAAUGGAACUCAAUAUUUGAUAAUAAAACAGUGAACCGCCUUCUUUCUAGUCCGCUUGAAACCCGUGCCCGCUCCCACCUCCUCCGCCCUCAUGCACUCGGACUCCGACCUGGACAGUGAUGAGGGGCACGGCGGGGUCCCGUGGACGGAGCAGGAGCGCGGCCAUCUCCUGAGGCCCCAGAACGGCUCCCUGAGGAACGGCCAGGGUCCCGUAAGAGGCAAGAAGCAGCGAGAGGAGCUGCUAUAGCAAGGGAGGAGGAGGGGAGCUCGCCUCUGCCCUCGCACACACUCACUCGCCCGCUCGCCUCCUCACUGCCCCUCACUCUUCCUGUUUUCUCUUUGGUUGUUCAGCAUGGAAACCUCGCACUUCUCCUUCACGAGGACGAACUCUGUGUGCUUAGAUUUAAGAGGAGAAGAAGAAGAGGAAAAACAUGCCACCUUCACAGAGAUAUACAGCACCGUACUGACACGUCCCUGCUCCCACACUGAGCCAAUAUGGAGGAAAAAAAAACACAAUAUGCUGAAAACAAAGGGGUGAGCACUGUGCUUUGAAUGGAAAAAAAAUGAAAACCCCUUUUUAUUUAACACAGAGACAUGAAGAAUGUACUUAACCCCUCCUCAGCUUCGGUGACACGAAAAAAAACCAGCCACUCGACACGCUCACACCUUUGCCUCUUUGUACACACGCAUGAACGCACACAAAGACGUCGUUUCCACUGUUUCAGGUCAACGGGAUGCUACCAAACACUGCCAUGUCCAAACCGACGGUUUGCCCUGCAACAGAUCUACUAAACAUGGUGACUUGAACCAAAACAGAGCUGCAAACAUCAUCGAACUUUUCUCCAAAAACAACAAAAUAAGAGCAUGCGGAGUGACAGAUUGCAGUUUGGGUGCAAUUUGGCACUGGAAUGACCGCCUGCAUGUUUGUAUGAUGAGUGUAUGUGUGGAUUUAGGUUUCUCCAGAGCAGUUUCUAUGUUUUUAUGUCUGUUAUAAACCCAUCGAAGAGAAACAGGUCGAAUGUUAUUUGAGGAAAAACACCAUGUUUUUAUUCUGGAGGCUUCACUGCAGAUGAAGUCGCUGGAUUUACACACUGGAAUCAACAAGGUUAAUGAGUUUGGUCUCGAUGGAGACGCCAUAACAGACCAGACUCUGUUUACUCACCUGGAUGUUCAUUAAUUGCUUGAAACAUGAAGACCACUGUAUGUUUUGUUUUUGUUUCCACAAACACUUUAGCUGUGAUUAGAUGCACUUUGAUUUAAUGUCUCAGGCUCAGUUUCUCACGUUGGUUGCGAAUGGAGAUCUGCGAUGGUUUAAGUUGGAUGGUUUCAGCCACAAACACAUGACGUUUCUACGGCAUUCAAAAACCUUUUACCCCGUUUUCAAAGUAAUCUGAUCGGACUGAAGCUGUUUCAAAGAAAAUCAUGAGAUUAGAAAAGAACAGGUGAUCAAAUCUCAGCUUUUUAUUUUUCUCUGAAGUUUUCUUUUGAUUGGAAUAACUCCGGCCUUGUUCAUUACUGUCAUUAACAUCUCUCCUGGGUGAUCCACUCACAUGUGGACAGCCCUGAGCAUCAAUAUACCUCUUCAAAUGCUCGUCCAGUGACUACCUGCGAUCUUAUAACAAGAAGAACUAACAACAAAAUAUUUAAAAAAAACCUUUAAAGUUCAACAAACAAAAAUGACAGUUUUAUUAUGAUGCUUAUACUUCAGACACUUCUCAUAUUUUGCUUUUCAGCUGCUCAUUUAGACUUCAUUGUUUCAAAAAAUUCAAGAUUUAGUCCCCUCAAGAUUAUCAACCAAAAGCGGUUAAUACAGUCCCAACAUCUAAAUUUAAAGCUCCUGUAAGGAACUUGUAUUUGUGUCCAUUUGGCGCCCCCCUGUGGACAAAGCAGAACUUUUUUCAACAAAAGAAAAUGCAUAAUUUAAUGUGAAAUCAUAAAAAUUGUAAAAACAGGGCUGCCUCUUCAGCUGCUUGGCUACCCCCUCACACAGGUAUCAGACUCAGUCUAUUUCAUUAGCAUAAAAACUCCUGAUAGGAGCUUUAAAAAACAACCAGGAAUUUUGCAGGUUGAAUCAGUUAGUUACUAGUUUUCUUUGGAAACCGAGACUUAAUUUGAUGGAUUAAAAAACUUCCAAAUCCCAAUUAUUCUUAUCCAGAGUAAUCUCACAGUUCAAAACCAUGUCCAUGAAAAGAAAUGACAUAUUUAGGAAACACUGAUGCAGCUGAAGUCUAAGAAUACCUCAGUAACUGAAGCAAACCUGAAGGCUUGAAUGUAAAGGCUAAUGCGAGCUUAUCCGUGCAUUUUCAGCGUCCUUCUGUGCUCUAAUUGACUCCGAGCACAUUAGGGAAAACUAGAUUAAUAUACUGAAAAACCUAUACAAGAGAUGGACCAACACAAGCUUUAAAUGAAGAAAUGAAUACGUUAAAGGAAAAGGCAGAAAAAGCUGCGGUUGUGCUUCUUUUUCUUCUGUAUCAGCAGCUGUGAUGAAUGUUUCCUGACUUGUCUGCACCGAGGGAAAAUUUCUACCCCGCAACAUUUCAGUGUGAUUGCUUUUUCUGUGAAACUGACCUGUAAGCCACUUUUUUCCUUUGGAUGCUGAAUGUUUAAACAGGUACGCCGACGACACAUCUCCGCUUGUACCUUGUGUGAAAUGAGAAAUCAUUUGAAACAUUUGUCCAGAAAGAGGGGGGAGAAAAAAACUCGCUUUCUCACCGUUAAGUCAUCUCAUGCUGAUGUCAGUUAAAGCAACCAGUGCACAUCCAACAGAGGCAGAAAUCUCUAAAAUAUGUUUUAAUUUUAUUUACUGAACUUAUCUGGCCGUUUCCUUUUAUUAUAAAGAAUUAAAACAAAGUGCACCCAAGUGCCAAAUCUGAGAAAUCUCAUCCUUUGAACUCUUCAUAAUAAUCCUAGAUUCUUCCCAUGCUUUUGCACAUUUUGGGGUUAAAAAAAAACCCAUGUUGAUCACUCUGUCGUUGUUAUUUUUACACCGUAUUCUGUACCUGAUUGCCAACACAUGAUUCAGUGUUUCUCUGUUACACAUGCAACAUUUUGAGGCUCAUUUUUGGGGGGAUUUUAAGAUGUGAAUUGACCCUGACUCUGAGGAGUCCACUGUGAAGGCUGACACAGAAACUGAUGAGACGUGUUGAAAAUGAAGGGAGUUUAAAUUCAUGAUGUUUUAGAUGAGGUGUUAGUGAAGGAGUGUCCCCUUCCCUUUUCUUUCUGUGUGAGCACACCUGGAGCAACUGGAUAAUCUGUAAAUUAAAAUAAAAUGUUACAGUCUGUUCUUGAGUUUCAAGACAGAAAGAGAAAGA